ACCUGGGCUUGUGGGAAACAGCUGUGUGUUGGCACCAGGUCAGAGGGUGGGGAAGGGAGGAGAGAGGCUGUCCAGCCCCUGCAGAGGCUUUAUAAAAAGAGUCCACUCCGGGGAAGUGCCACCGAUCUCGGCCCAGGCCCAGGAAACUCCUGCCUGCACCUGCUCCUGAUUCUGUCCUCACCAUGAGCUGCCGUCUGCAGAGCUCCUCCGCCAGCUAUGGGGGUGGUUUUGGAGGAGGCUCUUGCCAGCUGGGAGGAGGCCGUGGCGUCUCUGCCUGCUCAACCCGAUUUGUCUCUGGGGGAUCUGCUGGGGGCUACGGAGGUGGCAUGAGCUGUGGCUUUGGUGGAGGUGCUGGUAGUAGCUUCGGAGGUGGCUUUGGUGGUGGCUUUGGUGGCAGUUUUGGUGGUGGCUUUUGUGACUUCGGCAGCAGCGAUGGCGGCCUCCUCACUGGCAAUGAGAAGAUCACCAUGCAGAACCUCAAUGACCGCCUGGCCUCCUACCUGGACAAGGUGAGGGCCCUGGAGGAGGCCAACGCUGACCUGGAGGUGAAGAUUCGAGACUGGCAUCUGAAGCAGGCCCCGACCAGCCCAGAGCACGACUACAGCCACUACUACAAGACCAUGGAUGAGCUCCGGGACAAGAUCCUGGCCGCCACCAUUGAAAACAACAGGGUCGUCCUGGAGAUCGACAAUGCCAGGCUGGCUGCGGAUGACUUCAGGCUCAAGUAUGAGAACGAGUUGGCCCUGCGCCAGAGCGUGGAAGCUGACAUCAACGGCCUGCGCCGGGUGCUGGACGAGCUGACCCUGUCCAAGACCGACCUGGAGAUGCAGAUUGAGAGCCUGAACGAAGAGCUGGCCUAUAUGAAGAAGAACCAUGAGGAGGAGAUGAAGGAGUUCAGCAACCAGGUGGUGGGCCAGGUCAACGUGGAGAUGGACGCCACCCCGGGCAUCGACCUGACCCGCGUGCUGGCUGAAAUGAGAGAGCAAUAUGAGGCCAUGGCGGAGAAGAACCGCCGGGACGCAGAGGAUUGGUUCCACCACAAGAGUGCAGAGCUGAAUAAGGAGGUGACUUCCAGCACUGCCAUGAUUCAGACCAGCAAGACGGAGAUCACAGAGCUGAGGCGCACGCUCCAGGGCCUGGAGAUUGAGCUGCAGUCCCAGCUGAGCAUGAAAGCCGGACUGGAGAACACCGUGGCAGAGACGGAGUGCCGCUACGCCCUGCAGUUGCAGCAGAUUCAGGGGCUCAUCAGCAGCAUCGAGGCCCAGCUGAGUGAGCUGCGCAGUGAGAUGGAGUGCCAGAACCAGGAGUACAGGAUGCUGCUGGACAUCAAGACGCGGCUGGAGCAGGAGAUCGCCACCUACCGCAGUCUGCUCGAGGGCCAGGAUGCCAAGUAG